AUGGCUCAUCGUGAAAGUAGAGAUCGUCGUACGUUAUAUUGUGGAAAUUUACAUGAAAAUGUUACUGAAGAAAUGUUAUUUGAACUUUUUCUUCAAAGUGGUCCUUUAGAAUCGGUAACAAUGAAACGUGAUGGCCGUCGUUCAUUUGGUUUUAUUACAUUUAAACAUGAAGAAUCUGUUCCAUAUGCUGAAGCCAUUAUGGAAAAUGUGUGUUUAUUUAGUCGCCCAUUGCGUUUAGCAGCUCGUUCAUCGAAUAAAGAUUUUAAUAGUAAUCCAAAUGAACCUUACACACCAGAAAUGUAUGUAAGUGAUUCAUCAUUACAUCGUACAACACCAUGGCAUUCACCUCAACAGCCGCCACCACCACCUCCACCACUACCGCCUCAGCAGCAACAACCAUUGCCAAUAUCACUUUUUUCUAAUAAUGAUAUAAAUUAUCCACCCCAACCGCAUUAUUCGUAUGAUGAUCGUACGUCAACACAACGAUUUGACCGCCGAAAACAAGCUUCUUAUCAUCCAUAUAAUAGAAACGAACAGGAUUAUCAAAAUAUGAAACAACGCAAUGGAAAUUAUAAUCAACAACGAAGAGGAGGAGGAGGUUAUAAUAAUUAUUAUCGUUAG